UGCAAUUACGAAAAAUACGCAAGCGAGUUAUUCUGAGGUAGAGAGGCCUUGCUUGAGGACCGCGGUCGGGCUCCUGCGUACUCCUAACUCCAAGUCACGCCAUAUCUUGUUAUAAUUAAAUCUUGUAUUACUGUUACGACUCUUCAGCAAUUAUCCAUUUAUUUAUUGCUGCACGAGCUCCUAUGGCCGCCAAUGAAGGAAAAUCAUCAUUCACUCAUCACCUCUCGAAAUCUUAUCAUACCUUUAUAGCUCCGAAAAGCGCCAACAGUUGCCAGUAUCCAUUGGGACCUACAAGGAGGAUAUCAAAUAGGCAAUCCAGUAACUGGACUAUCGCAGUCUCCACUCUCGCCCCAGGGUAUUAUCCUAAGCAGAAAUCGUUCAGCAACAUACCGACCGUCCUUAGAUACACGAUCCAGGAAAAUGGCCACCAGCGUGAUACCGCCGCAAACGGCGUGCUCAUUGACCGAUAGCAAUCCUGUCCGCAAGUAUUCAUUCUUCAGGUCUGUCACUUUCCAAAUUGCAAUUGCAUGUGCGGUAUCAUUUACCGCUCCUGGAAUGUGGGACGCCUUAGGUGGUCUCGGAGCUGGAGGUGCGGCUGAGCCUUACGCCGUCAGUGCAGCCAAUGCUUUGGUGUAUGGGUUAUUUGCCAUAGUUUGUGUAGCUGCGGGUGCUAUCAACAAUCGCAUAGGCCUCAAGUGGGGACUCGCUCUCGGAUCGAUUGGAUACCCUCUGUACGGAGCCGGACUUUAUGUCAAUAAUCAUACCUCACAUACCGCGUUCAUGCUUUGGGGAAGUGCCAUGUGCGGUAUAUCUGCGGGUUUCUUCUGGGCCGCUGAGGCAGCUAUUAUUAUUGGCUAUCCCAGUCCCAAAGAUCGUGGAUUUUAUCUGGCCGUGUGGCAAACCGCUAAGGCUGUCGGUCCCAUCGUUGGCGGUGCAAUUAACCUAGGGUUAAAUGCCAAUAGGGAAACCGCCGGUUCCGUCGGGUCUGCAACGUAUAUCGUUUUCAUUGUGAUCAUGUGUCUUGGUUUGCCUUUCGCCAUCUGCUUGAGUCCCGCGCAAAAAGUCCAUCGCAAGGAUGGCACCCGCGUCAUCGUUCAUAAACAACCUUCAUGGACGAAAGAAUUCAAAGCUGUAUUGGAUCUGGCGUUGACUCGAAGAAUUGCCCUUCUCUUACCGUCUUUCUUCAUCAGUUAUUUUUACAACGGUUUCCUUAGUACUUGGUUGACCACAUAUUUCACUGUACGAUCUAGAGCGUUCUCUUCGUUCUUCACAAAUUUCGCUGGAAUCUUCAGUUCUUUCAUUGUUGGUACACUGCUUGACUCCCAAAAAAUCAACAUCAAAACCAGGGGGAAAAUUGCUUUUGCUUCCAUUGUCAUUAUUCUCACUGGAACUUGGAUUUGGGCAAUCAUUCUCCAAAAACAGUUCUACGAUGCUGAUGUGGCACCUGUGUACGAUUGGUUUAAGGGUGGUUUUGGAAAGGCUUAUGGCGUUGUAUUUUUCUGGACGUUCGCUGGUCAAGCCUACCAACAAUUCCUGUACUGGGUCGUCGGGCAAUAUGCCACCGAUAUCUCUUCACUUUCUCACCACACCGGUAUUUUGCGGGGUGUUGAAGCUUUAGGUCAAACUGUCGCUUGGGCAAUGCAAUCUGAAGGUAAUGCCAAUCACUUUGUCAGCAUUGGCAUCAAUUUCGGUAUAACGUUGUUGAGUAUCGUGCCUACUUGGAUAGUUCUUUCUGAACUGGAAGGGAGUCAUGAGAUAGUAGUGGUUGAAAGCGACCAGGAGUCAAAUAACGAAGGGAAGGAAAGUACAGAAGGGCCAUCAGCCAAAUCCAGCGUAAAAGAUUUACCACUGGCUUGAAUCAGUCGAUAAAUUCUACUUUUAUUAUUAUCCGUUUUUUUUUAAUUUUCGCAGCUACUGUAACUAAUCCGUGGGCAGAAGGUGCGAUGAUAACUAGAUGCAGUUUAGAUAUAUCCAAAUAAC